ACGGCGCCAAAGCACCCUCCGACACUGAGAGGGCUCUCUCAUGAGUGGACCAGCGGACGGCAACAUGUCUGAUCCAGUCAAACCUCGGACGUCCUUCCUCAUUGAAGACAUCCUCUCCGUCAAAGACAACGGGAACUUUGUUGGGAAAUGCUUCACCCACGCAAAGGAAGAAUGGGAAGAAGGCAAAAAGUUGUCUGAGUCAUCUUUUGCGGAGCACACAGCAUCCCUAGACACAUCCUGUCCCAGCACGUCUGAGCCGGGCGGCUUCGCAUCCACGGAAAAACCCAAACGCUCCCGAGCGGCAUUCACACACCUCCAAGUGCUUGAGCUGGAGAAGAAGUUCAACCACCAGAAGUACCUGUCGGCGCCCGAGAGGGCCCACCUGGCCGGCGCGUUAAGACUGACCGAGACCCAAGUGAAGAUCUGGUUUCAGAAUCGUAGGUACAAAACAAAGAGGAAGCAGCAGGCGUCAGAGUUCUACAAGGACACGUACAAAGCAGACGGACUGGACCCAGCAGUGUUCUUAAGCUCUUUCUGUAGAGCGUACCAGUACAGACCUUACUUGGGGGACUACGGCGGGCCCUGGAGGCCUGCGUUGUGGUGAAAAAAAAAAAGAAAAAAAAACAAAACAUCAUUAUUAUUAUUCAAAUAAAUUGUUCACUGACUUUGCCAAGGUGCCAUUUGAUUGCUUUGACCAUAAUAGUCGCUAUUUUUAUCAUUGUUAAAGAAAAACUGUUUGGAAAAUGAGAUCUUCAAUUGCUCAACAUAGAUUAAUUAUUAAAUCAUUCAAUUCAGAUGCACACAUUUGACAAUGUUCUUAACUUUAAUAAAUUGGAUAGGUUCUUCCAAUCAUUACGAACACACUGGUAAUAUUUUAACUUAUUUUAUCUAUGAGUGGCAAAAGAAAAACAAAGAUAAUACUGAAUUUACAUUGACAGAUAAUUUAAUAAAUAUCCAUAAUUACACGACAUUGUGCAGAGGGCCAUUUUGAAUAUUUUGCUUCAAUUAUAUACACUGAAACCUGCAAUUAUUCAUACAGGAGUUAAAGUGAAUAUGUGUAUUGGAAAUGAAAUAAAGUGUCAAAAUACUCUAAGACGUGUCAACAGAUAAGACAAUUUAAAUUUCCUAAUUGUUUUCACCUACUUAUUUAUGAUUCAUAACUCUGGCAAUGUUGAGGAUUUUUUUGUUUUGUUUUUUGUGGUGCACAAUACUAAAGGUUCAGCGUGCAUGAUCUAGAGCAGUAGUCACAUACUGUACGAGGUUGCUCCAAGGAGGACUGCUUUAAAAAUACCUCUCCAGUAAUGGGACAUUGUGAUUUCUUAGGAAUGUUGUAGAAGUGGUCAUUUGAAAAUGUAAAUGCAACGAUGUAAAGAAAUAAACUAUUGAUAUUCAUCCUUCUUAAAUCGCUGUUCAUAGUUGUGGGAAAUCAUGCACAUGAUCAGUGUCUACAAGUAGAUGCUAAUCUGAUCAAAUUUAUUUCAGAAGUGCCAGCUGCUAGCCAUCUGCAUUCAUUCGUCCCCAAAAAGUGACUUUGUUUCCAAGCGGUUGGUGACUCCUCUGAUCUUGGGCAUUUAAUCAUCUAUAGCUUGGUAACGUCAAACGUGCAUGUAUUCGUUCUUUGUCUUAAUGUGAAAAAAAAGAGGAACAGUCUUGUAUCACUUUUGUGUGAACUAUCCCCAAAUUUAACCACAACUUUGUAAAUAGCU